AUGGGAGCUUAGUGUUGCAACAAUUCCUAGUAUCCCGAAGAUAUGGAACCAUGUGAAGAUGCAGAAUCAAAACGACUAGAUCCUCGUUAAAUUAACAUAAAGUACAAUUACAAGAAGAAGUAAAAAGGGAUGAAUUCUAGUCAAACCACAAAAACACAGGAGAGAACUAAAUAGUUGGCUGUGACACUGAAGAGUGGAGGAGUGUAUUUGGGUGACUGGAUGGGCAAUAAGAGGGAAGGCUUUGGAAUUUUGAAAUGGCCUGAUGGUUCCGAAUAUUAGGGAGAAUGGAAAAAUAACAAAGCAAAUGGUUAGGGCAAAUUUGUAUAUCCCGAUGGGGAUUAUUAUGAAGGACAAUGGGAGAACGAUAAAUAGAACGGUCAAGGAACAUUCCAAUCUCAGAAUGGAGGUAAGUAUGAAGGGUAAUGGAAGGAUGAUCUAUAAUAAGGAUUUGGGAUUGAAACAUGGGAGGAUGGGAGUAAAUAUGAGGGAUAUUUCUACGAAGGGAUAAAGCAGGGUUAGGGUAGUUAUAUAUGGAGUGAUGGCUCACAGUAUACUGGAUUGUGGAUAAAUAACAAGCGGCAUGGUUAAGGGGUAUAAGUUUGGAAAAGUGGUAAGGAAUAUUAGGGAGAGUGGUUUGAAGAUUAUAUGUGUGGAUAAGGAUCAAUGAAAUGGACAAAUGGUUGUCAAUAUAUUGGGUUAUUUAACAAAGAUGCUCCAAAUGGGUACGGAAUAUUCAAGUGGGGAAAUGGAAGAAGUUAUGAAGGUAGUUUUAAGUAAUCUAAGCCUAAUGGGAAGGGGAAAGUAGUAUUAGAAAAUGGGCAAACGAGAUUUGGAGAAUGGCAAGAAGGAAAGCUGUUAAAAUGGUACGAUAAUUAAUAGGAAGUGUAAAAGGAGAACUUUGAUAUACUUAAUUUGGAAGAUUUGUGA